CCCUAAUGUUGUUUAAUAUAUCAACUAUGAAAUGGUUUGGUUUUUGUGUUUUGUUUUUGUCGAGAAUCCAGAAUCAUCGAGAGAGAGAGAGAGAGAGAGAGAGAGAGAGAUCUGGUCCCUCAUCGUUGCAGGCAGAAAGAGAGAGUGAUUUGCGUUUUGAUUGGUCCAGUUUGUGACGAGAAGAUUGGGUUGAACACAAGUGGAACAGAUAGAGGUUCUAGGCGGUUGGUUGGGCUGAUUGGGGAAAAUGGUGGAGCUACAGACGCCAAAAAUCUACGGGUGAAGGGAGUUUGCAAAGAUGAUGCUAAAAGAUGGGAAAUUCCAGCAGUCCCACAUCCGCCAGAAACAGUAGUUUUCAAGGAUAGGGCUUUCCAAACCCGACUGCAGCAAAAGGAGGGAGCAAAUGGACGUUGGGCAUUGUUUACUUGAGAAGAAGGAACUGCAGGAUUUCUUUUUGUUUUCAAGCUAAGUGAAAGUACAUGGUUGAAAUGUAAGGGCAAUGACUUCUACAUUCCCCUUUCAAGCGCAAAUAACUCACCUGCUGCAACAAAGGAGGAUCAAUCUGAAGGUGCUGAUGUAGAUGAGGGAAGUGCAGAAGAAAUAGAUGAAAGUUCUUUUACUGAAUAUGCCAAUGGAAUAAUAAAUGAAAUAAGGACCUUGGUGAGUGGCAUUUCCUCUGAGAAGAGUCGAAAGACAAAAUCCAAAGAAGCACAAGAAAGCAUUCUUCAAGAAAUAGAAAAAUUGGCUGCUGAAGCCUAUAGUAUCUUCAGAAGCACUGUUCCCACAUUUACUAAGCUAUUUCAGAAUCUGAAGAAUUAGCACCCUCUGAAAAUAACCUCAGGGACAGGCACGGGAUUUGAAAUAUUGUGCCAAUGUUUUAAUUGGGAAUCUCAUAAAUCUGGAAGAUGGUACAUGGAGCUCAAAGAUAAAGCUGCUGAAUUGUCUUCACUAGGUUUCACUGUGAUUUGGUUACCACCCCCUACAGAUUCUGUGUCGCCUGAAGGGUACAUGCCGACGGAUUUGUAUAAUCUGAACUCCAGGUACCCUAAUACCCUAUGACGGAUUAGUUAGUGGUAUCUCAAUCAACUACUGUUAUUCAGACAGGGUGUGGCAUUGAAUUUUUCAACUGGUUGCAGUCCAAGUAUGGAUUUUCAAAGGAGAGUGAAUUUUUGUCUGUGAUUUUGUAAAUAAGACACUAAAUAUGAAUUAAACUGGAAGCAUUUUAUUAGUUUUUAUCAUUUAUAGCUUUGAUAGUACUUAUUUACAUCAACAUUUUUAAAGGCUAAUAAUAAAAUUCAUUCUGUUUCAAGAAACGAACAAGCCAUUCUGAUGCAUAAGAUACCAACCUUCUUACUUAGUUCUGUAACUUAUAUCUCAUUUUGUUUUUCAUUUUGAAUACAGUAAUGGCAACAAAAACUGGAAGAACAAAGAUGAUGAGACUUUUACGAGAUGAUGAUGCAGAGGAUCAAGGUAGUCAAAGACAAGGAGAGAGAAUAUCUGAUUAUCAAGCUUUGGUUGCUAUUUUUGAUAUGGACACACGUCCUCAGAUUAUAUCAAAAAAGUGGAAACAAGGUGUUCUUCAAAGAUCGAUGAUUCCAUGAGCAAGAAGUGACGUCUCUUCUUCCUGUAUUUGUUGCCUCCUCAAGUGGGAAGGAGUUGGGAAAGUGGAAAUCCCCAUGAGGCUGUAGAUUUCUAGGGUUUGGCCAAAACCCAGUUUUUUGACUCAGGAUUUCAUGGGUUGAAAACAAGAGGGGAAGAGAGGGUUUGGAGGGAUUAAUUAGUAAAAAGGAAAGUGAUGGUGAAGAGGUCAAUGUUGAGAAGGUUGUUGACCCAUCCACUGGAGUACAAGAAAGUCUACUGGUCGAAAUGAUUUCUCUCUUGAAUAUAUUCCUUAAAUAGUGCAAAACCAUGGUAUUAAUCAAGCAAAACAUGGUGAUACAUCAGGCUUCAGCAAAGGAGAUUCUCAAUGCAUGGUAGAUCAAGAGACUUCAGAUCAAAUCAGAUCUAAGCCAUCAAACAACCAAAGAAGUUUGUGCAGUAAUGGUGGCAAAUCUCUAGAAAAUUUGACGCUACUAUGAUAAGAUCGUUCUUUUAAGUUUGAGAGUAAGAAAAGACAUUAUGAUUAAGAUUUUCAUCCCGCAGCAAAGCGCGGGCACUAUUGCUAGUUCAUUUCUAAUACUAAACUUGCAGAAACUAUUUUUUAUUAAACAUGCAAUUAGCCUUUGUAGAGUAACACAAAAGAGUACCAAAUCCAUCAUUACUGGGAGUCACAAAAUAUAUACAAUUGGGCCUGCCCACAAAUCCGACUAUUUCUCAUCGUAUGUGUAAACGAGAGACUUGCCUUCAUUGAAGAGGCCUUUGGUUUCGGAGUAGCGUAUGGAUUUGGAUUAGGAUUGCUAUCUGAACGAUUCGAGUGCUCCUUCAAUAUCACUAGCACCACCGCUAUACUGCUGCUGCUGAUGGUAGUUCAUUGAAGCCGUCAAUGCAUCUUGGACAGAUAAUGAUUACUCCUCUUUGCGCUUCACGAUUUGAUAUUUGCCGUCGUUGUCGAAUUAGAAAUUGGCGUGCAGCGGCUUGAUGUCGAAAUUGAAGUUGUGGCUCCAAGUCUCGGCGUCGUCGUCGUUGACAUGGCUUAACGGAAUCAGAUCGAGCAACUGAAAAUGAAAAAGGCCUACUGUGCGGCGAUUGAAAUGAAAUUGGUACCUACCGUUCAGCAUGACAAGGACGCGUCGUCCAUGGCGCCCAAGACGAAGAGCGCUAAUUCGUACCAGAUGCUGAACGGGCAGUCGCUGACGCACUCGGCCUGGUUCGAAAUCCGGUUGUUCUACGUCCAGAUCGCGCCGUGCGUCAUCGACAGCGUGCCGGACCACCUCACGCUCUGCCACCUCCGCCGUGACAUUGGCUUGUCUCUCGAGAUCAACGGCGCCAGGAUUCCGAACUCCGACUAGGCCUCGUUCACGCUCCGCCACGACCGGCUGGACAAGGAGUCGUCGGAGGUGACGUACGUGGCCACCGACAGCGUGAAGGUCACCGGCGGGGUUGAGUUUGAGGUCUACGAGAACAAUGACAUGGUGCUGUGCGGUUCGUUGGAGAGGAUGGAAGGCGUUUGGCUUAAUGGGAAUGCGGGGAUGGAGAAUGAUUCCAAGACGGGUUGGAGUAUGGAUUGUUAUAUGGCUGCGUCUAUUAAUUCCGGCUCUUCGGCGUUUUUCCAGCCGAAACUCGAGGUUUCGGCGCCGUCUAUAGAGGUUUAUAUCGCCGGGUGCUGCUCUGGUGUGCCAGUGAUAUUGACAAAGACAAUACAUAUUAGUCCCAGGCGGAAGUGCCCAAGGCAUGCCACUCUAGAUGCUAUUCCUGAGGAGGAGGAGGAGGAGGAGGAGGUCGGGAAGGAGCAUAGCAAGAGCUGUAAUGGGUUAUUUCGUCAACCCAUUAAUGGGUUGGAUUUUAGGACUUCUACAAAAUGUAUUCCAUUCACACGCUCUAAUGGGUUGGAUUUUAGGACUUGUACAAAAUGUAUUCCAUUCAAAACGCUCUAGCCGAGAAAAAAAGCUCCUUAAGCCUUAUAGCCCUAUCCGAGUUUUCGUGACCGUCCGACGGCGUGUCCUAACGACAUUGUCGUUAGACAGGAUGUUAGGAUAAACUCGUUUGUGGCUGCUAUAUUGGUUUCUUAUGAGACUUUGGGUUUGAAAUCCAUGUUAAGGAUGGGGAAAGGAGGUUGGGCUGUUGGCCAGAGACGUUCUCAGGAUCUAUAGUGGCGGAUGGGUGCAAAAGGUCGGAUAAGGAAUAAGAUGGUGUGAUAUGAUGGUGAAAGGGAUGAGAAGAAGCUCACGUGCUGACAGGACCCGACCCAAGAAACACCCCGUAACCCUGGAUACGAGUCUGCGGGGCCCACGUUAAGCGAAAUCCUACCGAAAAUUCGGCAGAACCUCCGCUAAAUAUGGGCUACCCAAAAUGUUCACAAACCUAGACAUGAUUAAAACUUUAAC